AUGCCUCGCGUCUUUCUCAUCACCGGCUGCUCGACCGGCUUCGGUAAAGACUACGUUCAGGAAGUCCUCGAUCGCGGAGAUUACUGUGUAGCCACAGCUCGUAAGCCCGAGCAGCUAGAAUUCUCAGGAACCAACGACAAGAACUACCUCUCCUGCCGUCUCGACGUGACGGACAAAUCCUCAAUUCAAGAGGCAUUCGACAAGGCCCUAAACAAGUUCGGCCGCGUCGAUGUGGUAUGCAACAAUGCAGGAUACGGCCUCUCAGGCUGCUUCGAGGAGUACAAAGACAAAGAGAUCCGACAGCAAAUGGAGAUCAACUUCUUUGGGCUGCUGGACGUGACAAGAAUAGCAUUGGAGACGAUGCGUGACAAGCAGAGCCCACAAGGAGGUCGCAUCCAGCAAGUCACGAGUAUUGGUGGUCAGCGGGGUGUGCCAACCUUUAGCACUUACUGCGCUAGCAAGUGGGCUGUCGAAGGAUUCACAGAGGCUCUAUCUCAAGAACUGAAGCCGGAAUGGAAUAUCAAACUGACUUGCAUUGAGCCUGGUGGUUUCCGCACUGAUUGGGCUGGACGCAGCAUGCAGUUUGCGGAGCGACAUCCCGCCUACGAUCAUAUCGAUGCGAAGACGCAGAUGACCAAGCGUAAUGGUACGCAGGCUGGAGACCCUAAGAAGGGUGCAAAGGCCAUGUACGAGUUCGGAAUCAUGGACGAUCCACCGUUGAGAAGUGUGAUCGGUAGUGAUGCCUACAAGGCCAUCAUGGGCAAGAUCGAGCAAUACGGGGAAAACUACAAGAAGUAUGAAAAGAUUGCCAACAGCACAGACGUGGAUGGUUACAAGCCACCAUCUUAG